AUGCAACUAUGUGCAUAUGUCUGCCUGCCUGCCUUUAUCUGCUUUUUGGAGAACGUCUGCUCAGUGUUGUGUUUCUCCAGCAGGAUGCAGAAAACAAAGCUUGGACAUAAGAGUUGAAAUCAAUACACAUAUCUUGGUAGAGAGCUCAUAGUGGUGGCUACUGGGGAGCAUGUUGUUUUCUGCAGAGAGUAAUGGAAACAUGUCGGCAUGAGCUAUACUGUAUGUUGAUGCAUCAUGAGAGUUCAUUAAAAGUGGAAAAGGCCUUUUCACCUGCUGUGAUCUCACCUGCGAUAAUCGUCUGCUUCACUGAAGAGAAAGCAACAGCCUGGUUGUGUAAUAGUCUAAUUACAGUAGUACGCUCACACGUGUACACACACAAACAUGCACAUGCACCGUAUACUGUAUUUGAAGUUUUGCUCUUUUUUUGUGUGCAUUUAUGUAUGUGUGUGCGUGCGUGUACACUGUAUAAAGUCUAUACUGUAAUCAAGACCCAGCCCUGAGCUUAUGACAGGACUGAACUUUGCUGUGGUAAACCACAUACUGUACUGUAGCCUUCUCCUUUUUCAUCUAUAAUGUGGUCUUGCUUUAACGGUGCGUAACCAUUUUAAUGAAAAGAGGAAUCCUUACCCUUUUUAAAUAGCUAAUCUUCCUGCAACCAGCUCCUGAAGUAAUGUGUCUCCCUCAACCUAAAGCUACGUGCAAGCUCAGAUCCCUUCAAGGAGUUUUGGAGGAGACGCAGCUGCACGUCUAUAAAUUGUCUCUGUGAUCAAGCUGUUUUGUCCUCCUCCCAAAAGACAUGGGAGUGUACGUCUUCAUUUUCCUUACAGAUCACAAACUCUCAGCUGCAUGUAGCUUCUCAAUAAUAUGUAUUUAAAGAGAGUGUUGCUGAACCAGGUAUAAUUUUCUGCAAAGCUCAGGAUAGGAGUGUCCAGUUUUCCUUUUUAGCUUCGCAGAAAAGCACUUCUCUCUGUUUAGGACGAUUUUGAGUAUUGCAAUGAUUCAGUAAAGACGUAACGGAGUGAUUUAAAGAAAAAAAGAACAUUCUUUUCGCUGUUGCUGAACCAAUAUAAUACAAACAUUAAAGAGAGAUUCAUGCAACCUUGUGAUUUUUGUAUUAGGGUGCAUUUGAAACUAAGAGGAUUAUAAAACUGAAACUAGACAGUAGAGUUGUCUCAGAAGAAAACACAUUGAAGUAAUAUAUUAUCAGGCAAUUAAGCUGUAAAUUAUUGAAAAUCAAAUCAUAUGUUACCAGUUUUAGGAAAAUUAUGUUAAAAUCCCCCCCUACAAAAAGAAAUGCCCUGAAAGUUAGGGUUAGGAGUGGUACCUCCUCCCUGCCUUUGACAGCCACCUUAUGUUACACCAUGUUCUGCAUUUACCCUCCUUAGUCAAGACAUAGCUUGCAUGUCUGAACACCCAGUAGUUGUGGGCUAGCGGGUAAAUGUAUAGAGGUCUGUGGCCUGUACCAGCUUUACUUAGAAGAGGCAGUUCCCAGCAGAUGCACUGAUUCCAUAUGGCGGAUCUGUAAUUACAGCAAAUUAGAGAGUUUCUGCAGCGACAUCCCAGUUAAAAAAAGCAGCCAAUCUGCCAUGGUCAACAUUGUCCAAUCACGACUGAGAGGUUAUGUAGACCAGUCAUCAGGACACAUAAUUUGGACAGAGAAAGACAGAAAAAGGUUGAUCACGUGGACAUAAUUUCUUGUUUGAGUUAAUACAGUAGGAAGCAGGGUGCAGAUCCAGCUGCACUGCUGCUGUUGUGGAUCAUUUGUGUAACGUGGCUCAGACUCUUUACAUACAUUUUCCAUUGAUCGUGCCACAUUUUCACUUUGUACAAGAUUGUGGUUAAGUCUCCAGAUAGUUUAAAUGACAACUUUCAAACAGUCAAGUCAGACUGGGGAGAUAAUUUACCAGUCAUUGUUGGUCCUCAUCUUGCCAGAGCAGAUUUCUUAACAUGGUCAUCUGGCUUUUUAGCUGUGUUUUUUCUGAAAUUUUAGAAAAACCUGUUUCAGGCACAGUUACUCAAAAAUAUCCAGAAUGCUGCCAUCUUGAAUCUGCACAGUGGCAAUCAGGGGAUAGAGCCACGGUUGCAAAGUCCACGCGUUCGACCAAUCAAGACUCAUUCUCAGCUGUCAAUCAUGACAUUUCACAUCUGUGUGAUCACAACUACCUGAAAUCACCGUCUUUGAGAAAAAAUUGUUUAAUGUGUAUUUUUCUAUUGUCCCAUCCACUAAUAUGGAGGAAGCAGGGUUUAUGGCCAAUACUGCAGCCAGCCACCAGGAGGCGAUCAAAAUGAUUUGGCUUCACUUUUGGAGAGCUGUUAUGCAUCCAUUUUUACAUACAGUCUAUGGUUCACUGUGAAGGUGAUGAAUAGUACAAUGGGAAUAAUUAAUUUGAUGUGUACUUUUUAUUUUGGUGCAUGUCAUGGUCAUCUCUCUCUUCCUGGAUGUAGUCCUCUUAUUACAUUAACUAAGAGCAUCAGCAGCUGGCAGCAGCAAUGCUACCACAAUGCUGACGUCAUCUCCAGCAGUCUGCUCUCUUUCUCCUCUGUACUCCUUCCUCCUGUCAGUCCCCCUUCCUCCUUAUUCUCUGAAUGUCUGAGCAAGUAAGGGCUUGUUGUGGGAGGUGAGGGUCCCGACUGGAGCUCCUCUGAUUGGGGGAUCAGUGGAAUGAGAGUGAGAGAAACAGAGCUUUCAAGGCAGGACUCUGAUCCCCGGAGAGAGGCAAUUUUUGCCCAGGCAGCCGACCUUUUUUCUCUGAUGCAUCCUUACCAUAAAGGGAGAGGAUAAUGGAGAUUGACAAACAACAACAGAGUAAAGACUCUGUGUUCUUCCGUGAUGGGCUGCGGAGGAUUGACUUUGUCUUGUCCUAUGUGGACGACAAAGCUGGCGAGAGAAAACAGGAGAGGAGGAGGGUGUAUGAGGCCAAUUUAGCCAAAGUUGGUCUGGAGCUGGAGACAGAAGAUAAAUCAGAGUCAGAAGAUGGGAAGACGUAUUUUGUGAAGAUCCACGCUCCCUGGGAAGUGUUGGCCACCUACGCAGACGUGCUUAAGAUCAAGGUUCCGUUCAAGGUCAACGACAUCCCAGACAACACAGAGAUGCCCAUGAACUGGCUGUCCACCCCGUUCCGUCUGCCCGAGACCAUCAUGCACCCUGAGCCGGACUUCUUCACCGCUCCUUUCGACAAGAGCAAGUCUGACUUCUUCCUCAUCGAUGACAAAGAGACAUUCUUCCCCCCUUCCAAUCGCAACAGGAUCGUCUACUACAUCCUGUCCCGCUGUUCAUACUUGAGGGAGGAAUGUGGAGAUAAAGACAAAAAGGGAAUCAAGAGGUUACUCAACAAUGGCACCUACACUGCUGCCUUUCCCCUGCACGAUUGUAGAUACUGGAAAAAAUCCAGGGACACUCACUGCGAGAGUGAGAGAUACAGUCUGUACAAACACUGGGCCAGAUUCCUCUUUUUCUUCAAGGAGCAACCCCUCAACCUUGUCAGGAAGUACUACGGAGAGAAGAUCGGUAUUUAUUUUGCCUGGCUGGGUUUCUACACUGAGAUGUUGUUGUUUGCUGCAAUAGUUGGGACGAUUUGUUUCGUCUACGGAGUCCUCACUUACGAUGAAAAUGAGUGGAGUAAAGAAAUAUGCAGUGGGGAAAUUGGAGGCAAAAUCGUCAUGUGCCCACUGUGUGACAAGAAAUGUGGCUUCUGGAAACUCAACUCAACAUGUAACUCCUCAUGGCAAUCACACCUAUUUGACAAUGUGGGAACUGUGUUUUUUGCCAUAUUCAUGGGGAUAUGGGUGACGCUGUUCCUGGAGCUCUGGAAGAGGCGGCAGGCUCGUCUCGAGUAUGAGUGGGAUCUGGUUGACUUUGAGGAGGAGCAACAGCAGCUGCAGCUCCGGCCAGAGUAUGAGACCAAGUGCUCCAACCGCAAGCUGAACCGCAUCACUCAGGAACCAGAGUGGGUUCUUAGCAGGACUGCUACAGAUCUAUUGGCGAAAUUAUUUCUGUGCUGGGCCACCGUGAUCCUCUGGGAAAUGGAGCCAUACUUACCCAUAACAAGCAAGUGUGCACGCUUAUGUCUAUCUGGAGCCACAGUCAUUUUCUGGAUUUCAUUGAUCAUUGCCUGCAUCAUUGGCGUGAUAGCGUACCGCCUGGCAGUGUACGCCGCCUUCGCCAGCAUCAUGAAGGACAACCCCACCAGCCACUUGCAAGUGGUCGGCCCCUACAUCACGCCACAGCUGGCCACCUCUGUCACCGCCUCCUGCAUCAACUUUGUCAUCAUCAUGAUCCUCAACCUCAUGUAUGAGAGGGUGGCUGUUUGGAUCACUGAUAUGGAAAUUCCAAAGACACACCUGGAGUAUGAGAACAAGUUGACGGUGAAGAUGUUCCUCUUCCAGUUCGUCAACUACUACUCCUCCUGCUUCUACGUGGCUUUCUUUAAGGGCAAGUUUGUCGGCUAUCCUGGAAAUUAUGCCUACAUGUUUGGCCGGUGGAGCAAACUGAGGAAUGAAGAGUGUGACCCUGGUGGUUGUCUUAUUGAGCUGACCACCCAGCUGGUGAUAGUGAUGACUGGUAAACAGGUGUGGGGCAACAUCCAAGAGGCUCUGGUCCCGUGGCUGAUGAACUGGUGGGGCAGCAGGAAGGCACGGAAACACCCAGAGAGUAUUUACAGCCGCUGGGAGCAGGACAACGAUCUGCAGAGCUUUGGACAGCUGGGUCUUUUCUACGAGUACCUGGAAAUGGUGAUCCAGUUUGGUUUCAUCACGCUUUUCGUCGCCUCCUUCCCCCUGGCCCCCCUGCUGGCACUGAUCAACAACAUCAUUGAAGUAAGAGUGGAUGCCUGGAAGCUGACCACUCAGUACAGACGCCCCGUGGCAGCCAAGGCCCACAGCAUCGGGGCCUGGGAGGAAAUCCUCAGUGGGAUCGCCGUCCUCUCCGUUGUCACAAAUGCGUUCAUCGUGGCCUUCACCUCUGAUAUGAUCCCUCGGCUCGUGUACAUGUAUGCCUACCACCCAGAUGGUGAGAUGAAUAUGAAAGGCUACAUAAACAACAGCCUGUCGAUGUUCAAUAUAUCUGCGAUCCCUGUGGCCAACAGCCCUGAGGAAGGGGAGAACCCUGCUUGGUUCAACAGCUCCAUCACGACCUGCAGGUAUCGUGAUUUCCGCUACCCUUCGGGCCAUGAGAAGCAGUACUCCCACACCAUGCAGUUCUGGCAUAUUUUGGCUGCCAAGCUUGCUUUCAUUAUCAUCAUGGAGCAUGUCGUGUUCAUGGUGAAGUUCUUCGUGGCCUGGAUGAUCCCAGAUGUUCCCUCUGACGUGAGGGCUCGAGUGAAGAGAGAGCGCUACCUGGUCCAGGAAUAUCUCCAUAACUACGAGGUGGAUAAGCUGAAGAAGCAGCUCACCCACAACAACUGUAGCAAUGACUGUACCUGCCCGCCCAUGAUCUAUCCAACUUUAUCCAAACACGAGGUGCUGUCAGAGUGUCUCUAGCCCAGCGAGCUGCUGGUGGAUCAGCUGGACAUGAUGGGAUGACAUGGUGAUGUAGAUUGACCUGCUUACAGUAUGUAUUAUGAUACAUCUCUUUACUGUGGUGCCUGUGUUGUUUGUGCAGUACACACACGGACGUUUAUCAAAGAGCUAUAGAGGUUUCCAUCAUUCACAGCCAUGCUGCUGAUUGUGAAGUGCACACAAUGACCACGUCUCCAUGCAUGCUGACUUAAAAUUUAAAUGCUGUCUCAUAUUUAUGGCUUUUUUCACUCUCUAUUUUGUAAUUAUAGUGAUGAGGAUCAUUCAGAUCUUGUGUCGAAAAGACUACUUAUUUAAUUGCCAGCAUAAUUAACCAAAGACUGGAUGCCUUAAUAUAUCACACACACUUACCACUGAUGUUAUAUAUCUGCCAGUAGACUAUCAAUAUUAUUUGGAAACUGAUGUUGCUUAUUUUCAAGUUUGAAUAUUUGUUUGUUUGUAUGUACGGUGAUAUGAAGGGUUCCAGUGUCAUGUACUAUAAGUUAAUGUUGGACUUUUUUUUUUUACUGCAACAAAUGUGAGUAUUGUUUAUUUUACAUUAUUGUGGUCAUGACACAGAAGUAACACACUUUUACCAAAUGAUUUUCCUCACCCUAGUGGCUUUAAAGAAUCUUGCUCUGAGCUUGUUACAGCCCAACAGUUGCUCCAGGUCCAAAACUGACUUGUGAAGCAGGUUUUUAUGAAGAGAAACGUGUGCUGCUGUUAUUACUGUGAGUACAGGCAAGAUUUUUUGUCCUGAGAUGGCCAGUUGUUGAGCAGCUGCAGCAGCUGUCGACUGUUGACAGUGAGACUUGUUCCUGGAGAUGAGAAGCAAAAAGCCCUGAGAGGGUGAAGAGAUCCCUUUUUAAUGUGCCUCUGUUUACCAACACGUUAGAGCUAAUGAAAGCCUGCAGCCCCCGCCUACUCAACUAUGUUUGCUUCAUUACACAAAGCACAUCAGCCUCCCGGUUUCCCUCAGAUGUCUCUUUGUGGUGAAGGAAAGAUACACACAUUUUUUUUUUAUUUUGCACAAAGCACUUAAUAAAACCUCACUACCAAGACAUAAACAUGUCAAUCAGUUUGUUGUCCUUACACCACAUAAUGAUAAUCAGUGUUUUAAAUCAGAAGUGUGCGAUGGUCUUUGUUCAUUUACGUGAACAAGAGUUUUACUGUAGUAAGGAGUUUCUUGUUCUGAGCGUUUUUAAUGGGGUUAAAUGCCAACAAAGGUAAAGAUGUAACGUUUUGUAAGGAUUCACAUUUAUUUGACCGCAUACAUGCAAGUAAAGAGAAGAACUGAAGUAUUUUAAGUUAAUGUUAAUGUAAAACUGCUUUAAACUCAGGCAACUAAACCCUCUGUUUGUUUAGUGAUUUUUGCAGAUGUGACCACUCCAGCGAAACUGGUCUGUUCUAGUUUUUCUUGCUGAUCUAUGCCUGUUGAUGCCUUAAUAAAUCCAACAACUUUAAUCUCCAUUUUAUUUCUUUAACUUUUUUUCCUCAUGUCUGUCUUUUUGUUACACUUUGAUGACAUUUGAUUUUAUACUGUUACCAUACAUGAAAAGGGUGAACCUGUUUAUGCUGAAAGUUUCAUAUUUUCAUCUAUUUAGUUCCGACAUUUUUGUAAUGUUCAUAUUCACAAAUGUGUAAUGCAACAAAGGCUGUUCUCCAAAAAUAAAGUACCUGUUGAACUUGA